AUGGCUUCGUCAGUUGUCCCCGCAGCUGACCUCCGGUCAUUUACAGACUACUUGAAAAGAUCUAGACGAGUAAUCGCCCUUCUAGGUGCCGGGAUAUCUGCUUCCUCGGGUCUUCCCACAUUCCGUGGAGCUGGAGGCCUCUGGCGGACCUACGAAGCCACGGAUCUGGCCACUCCAGAAGCCUUCGAAGCCAACCCCGAUCUAGUGUGGCAGUUUUACAGCUAUCGAAGACACAUGGCCCUGAAAGCGCAGCCGAAUCGUGCGCACCAUGCUCUGGCCGAACUAGCGCGAAGGAAUAAAGAUUUCAUCACUUUGACCCAGAAUGUUGAUGGCCUUUCCCAGCGAGCCCAGCAUCCCUCAGAGCAGAUCCACCUUCUCCAUGGGUCCUUAUUCACAGUGAAAUGUACCUCGUUUUACUGCAACUACUCGCGACACGACGACUUCACCGAUCCCAUUGUCCCCGCACUUGCUAUCCCGAGAAACCUCCCCGAACCCAAACCAUCCGCAGAUGACAAUACUGGCGAAGAGGCCUCUCGAAGCCUAUAUAAUGCAUUAGGGAUAGCGGAAGGCGAAGAGAUUGAUAUAUCAGAUGACCGGGUCCCACUCCCGGGGUUGAGCACCGAUGUUCUGCCAAAGUGCCCUGAAUGUAAGGAAGGGCUUCUUAGGCCCGGAGUGGUAUGGUUUGGCGAGAGCUUGCCCACUCAUACUCUGGACACGGUGGACAGCUGGCUGAGGUCUGGUCCGGUGGACCUCAUUCUUGUCAUCGGGACGAGUUCUCGUGUCUAUCCGGCUGCAGGGUACGUUGAUAAAGCUCGGGCGCGGGGAGCCAGAGUUGCCGUGGUGAAUAUGGAUCGUAACGAUGUUGGGUCUUCUGGUUUGAAAGCUGGUGAUUGGUUUUUCAAGGGCGAUGCAGGUAUCAUCGUUCCCGAGAUACUGAAGGGAGUCAUCGGAGAGAUCCCAUAA